GGAACAAGCUCUGGAGCGCCUACAUCAGCGAGGCGCAAAACUACGAUCAGGGUCUGCUCGAGGGGUGGUGCAGUGAGAUGGAUGGACUGUUGAUCUUUGCUGGUCUCUUCUCGGGCGUCAUCACGACUUUCAUCAUCGAUAGUUACAAGCUCUCAACCCCGAUUCGGGGAGUCAGACUGUCGUACUGCUCAGCCAAACGGUUGCACUCCUCGGCCAGAUCUCCCUCCAGCUCGCGAACAUGA